UUUAUCAAUCAAACAAGAGAUGGCAAAUUUUGUGUUGUAUGGUCACCCCUCCUUCAAAAUGAUAACAGUUUGUUGAAAUGACAUGACGUCAAUUGAGUGGCGUUAUCCAGUGCGCGCUCUUCUCAGGCGCUCCCCGUUCUCCUCCAUAAAGCGCUGCAUGUCAGGUGUGUGUUGUUCACUGCGUGAUCAAACACGUCGCUUACACGUAUGGAAAACACUGAUAUGCAUAACAAUUGCAGAUAUAAUACAUCAAAACCAUUCUCCAUCAAACAAUGUCAAACUAAGUGAUAUGCGAUCAGUGGACGGACCUGCGCUUGUCCAGGCACCUUUGGAGCGCACCAGAAUGGGUGAUAAUCUGAACAACAGUGGAGCUUGGAACAAAAGUUUAAUGGACCAACACAAGUUCAGUAGUCUGGAAGACAUCGAUGUGACAGCCGAUGGCAGCCUGGUCCUGAGGAUUAUCAUCUCCGUGGUUUACUCCGUGGUGUGCGCGGUGGGUCUGGUGGGAAAUCUCUUGGUGUUUCUCCUCAUGAAGAAAAGACAAGGGCGAAAGAAAUCCACCAUUAAUUUCUUUGUCAUCAAUUUAGCUGUUACGGACUUCCAAUUCGUUCUGACUUUGCCUUUCUGGGCGGUAGAUACUGCGCUGGAUUUCAGCUGGCCGUUUGGAAACGCCAUGUGCAAAAUUAUUUUAUCAGUCACUGUGAUGAACAUGUAUGCCAGCGUGUUUUUCCUUACCGCAAUGAGCAUAACGCGCUACUGGUCCGUUGCAUCUGCCCUAAAAAUCCCUUCUAGAAAGAGGUCUGGGUCGGUGAAAUGGAUCUGUGCUGUAUUGUGGGUCCUGGCGACAAUAGCAACAGCUCCAACUUCCAUUUUUUCCACAGUGACAGUGGUUGCAGAUGAAAAACUGUGCCUCCUCAAGUUUCCAGAUGGCAACGACUGGCUCGCCUUUUAUCACCUUCAGAAAAUAGUAAUUGCAUUUAUCUUGCCGAUGUUCAUUCUCUCUGUAUGCUACCUUUUACUUCUGAGGUUUAUCCGCCAAAGGGGCGUUCAAAGGAGGCGAUCUAAAGUCACCAAGUCUGUAACGGUGGUAGUCCUCUCCUUUUUCAUUUGCUGGAUGCCAAACCAUGCCAUCACCCUUUGGGGCGUCCUGGUGAAACUGAACGCGGUGCACUGGGACAAAACAUAUUACAUGGUGCAUGCUUACGUUUUCCCAUUGACUGUUUGUCUAGCCCAUACAAAUAGUUGUUUAAACCCAAUUUUGUAUUGUCUAAUGAGAAGAGAGUUUAGGAAAAUGCUGCAUGGUUUAUUAUGGCGCAUUUCCUCGCCUGCGUACUCUAAAGCUGGAAAAUUGCAUGGAUAUAGUGCUGGCAUCAAUCAAAACCAGGAUGAUGCACAGACUGGAAUUAAUUUAAACGUGAUUGACAAUCAGGGUCAACAAUCCAUACAUCCGACAAUUCCAGCACAAGAUAACACAUGCUGAAAUCCUGAUAUGAAACGAAUCACAAGUUUCUUCUAUUCUUAUUAACCAAAUUGCUCAUACAAGUU